AUCAAAAAAAUCUUUACUUCCUUUAUUUGAUUGGCCGAUCAAAAGAUCCGAAACUUUCGUAGCAUCAAACGGAACUCAUAAGAUAUAGUGAUAUAUUUAUUUACACGAAAUCCAAAUCCUAGAAAACGAUUGUAUUAAAUUAUCUGCAAAGAAAAAAUAGCAUGAAAUGUCCAAAAUUUAAUCUCUAAAGAGUUGUAUAUUUAUCUUAAAAUUUUUAGAUAUCAUACAUAAAGUACUAUACUAUUGCAAAAAUUAUAUAUUUUUAUAUAUGUAUAACUUUGUAUGAAAUAUUUUUAUGACAAUUGUAUUCUUAUGCACAUAUGUUUAUAUUGUAAUAGAACUUAACCAUACAAUAGAAUAUCUGAAAAGUGACUACUGUUGUGCAACAAUAAAUUGCAUGUAUUAAGACUUCGAUGUUCUCGACUAAAGAACGAUUAAUACAACGCACAGGCAAGAAUGGUAUCGGACGUUAUGAUUUUUUAAAGCUUUUAGCCAUUGAAUAUAAAACAACCAAAUCUAAAGAUGCAAAGGAGCAAGUACUAGCAAAUUUGGCAAACUUUGCUUAUGAUCCUAUAAAUUAUGGCUACAUGAGACAAUUACAAAUAAUUGAUAUAUUUCUUGAUAGCUUAUCUGAAAACAAUCAAAAAUUAGUAUGUUUUGCCAUUGGUGGUAUAUGCAAUUUAUGCUUAGAUGCAAUAAAUAAGAUUUAUAUCCUACGCAAUCGAGGUGUUAAGUUAAUAUCAUCAUUACUUUCUUCUCAAAAUGAAGAUAUUGUGCUCUCGGCCAUUUCUACCUUGAUGUUUUUGAUUACACCUGAAUCAAGGAAAGAAAUAACAUCGUCCGAAAUAAUUAAACGCAUGUUGGAAUUUUCGUGUGAUACUAAUAUCCGUAUUAAGAAUUUAGCCAUCAUAUUUUUAAAUGAUUAUUGUGAAGCAAGUGAAGUGGAAAAGAUAAAGCUAAAGGACAAUAAGUAAUUU